CAAACCAGUAAUUUUAUUCAGGUUAAACAGCUGAUCAAAAACAUUUUCCUUACAUUCCCAUCGAGUUGUUAGAUUAAUUUUUUUAAUAUUUAGUCAGUAUUGGUUUCUUUAUAAAAAUGGUACGCGUCGUCAUGCUUUUGUAUAUUUCCAACAUUGACCAACUGGCUUAUUGCGUCUAUUGACAUACAGUAACGAGUCACAAACGACCUGUGUUAAUGGAAGGUUAUUUCACCAGGAGGAUCAGUGAUUGGCUAUUUUGUGGAUAAAACACAGCUCUUGUAUAUAAUACUUUGGGCGCAUCAUCCAAAUGAAUUGAAGUAUGAAUCGGGUAAAUGCUGAUAUACCACAAAUACUAUGGAGAACUGAGUCGCGUCAUCUUUAUCACCAUACUAAGCAGGAAAGGAGACUGUGAAAGGUGUUAAAGAGCAACAAUGAACGGGUGUGUCAUAGAAGGAACACCAAUAGCUAUCGACUUCUGGAAACCUACAAAAGCACCCCAG